GAAUUAUUGAAACUUCACUUCUACGCUGCCUCACUUCGCAUUCAAGCUUUGAUAUGGUAUGAAAGUCGGAGAAAAGCAUGUUCGCUCGUUCGCAUCGAUGAUAACCAUAUAUCCUCAAAUUUUGAUCAGUUCAUUGAUCAAUUACUAUACGAUAUGAUUGCGAAAUCAUAACCCCACGGCCGCAACUAAACAAAGAUAUCAUGAAGCUAUCAAAAGGAGCCGCGGUAGCAGAAACGCAGAAUGCUCGCGACGAGAGGGUUGAGCAGUUAUGGAGAAAUUUAGAUACAAAUCAGAAAGGGGAGAUUAAUUUGCAAGAGCUUCAAAAGGGGCUGCGGAGGAUCGAUCAUCCAUUGAAGAAUGCCGGUGAUAUGCUAAGAGAUGCAGUAACGGCCAUGGAUAAAAAUGGGGAUAAAGUUAUUCAAUAUGAUGAAUUUCGAACGUUCGUCGAGAAAACCGAAAAAGAGUUAUUCGUCCUCUUCCAAGGCAUUGAUAGGGAUAAUGACAAUAGAUUGGAUAAAGACGAAUUGCAAGUUGCAUUCAAGAAAGCUGGACUCGCUAUUUCGAAAUCUAAAUUAGACCUAUUCUUCGAAGACGUUGAUAUGAAUCAUGAUGGAUUUAUAACAUUCGAUGAAUGGAGAAACUUCUUAUUAUUUUUACCCACUACAGCUUCUACCCAACCUUUGAAGGCCGUACUGUCAUAUUAUCAGUCUGCAGUAGCUGUGAACGCCGAGGGCGAUACUUCAAUUCGAGAAGACACACUCGAAGGCUUAGGUACCAAAACAAAUUUUCUUAAGCUUCUUUUUGGGGCAGUCAUUAGUAUCGCAGAAUCGCAUCGUGGCCGAACUCCUACAAUACAAAUUGAAGAAGCACCUUCACCUACUUCUUCUCACAACGAAACCGCAAACAUGGCCAUUACAAAUGUACAAGCGAUCAAUUCUAUUGACUCUGUUGGUGAUGUAUAUGACCACAUUGUCGACCCACUUCAUCCACGUACUGAAACCAUGGCCAAUGUUAUGAGACGUCGGCCAGAGCUGACCCACGAAGUUCCUAAAAAGUUAGAGUCAUCAGAGAGAUCAAGACUGACGGAGAUAUUACCUGAUCCAGGCUACUUCGCGGCGGGUGCUAUCGCCGGAAUUUUCUCUCGUACAGCAACAGCUCCCAUAGAUCGAUUGAAGGUUUACCUCAUCGCCAAUGUCUCUGCAAAAAGCGCACCUCUCGAAGCUGCGAAGCAGGGAAACCCAGCUGCAGCUGUUAAAAUGGCCGGACAACCCAUAGUCCUUGCCAUCAAGGAGCUUUGGAAAGUGGGCGGUAUGCGUAGUUUAUUCGCUGGCAAUGGCUUGAAUGUCAUUAAAGUUAUGCCUGAAAGUGCGAUCAAAUUUGGUUCCUUUGAAGCUGCGAAAAAACACCUGGCUCAAUUGGAGGGACAUGGUAAUUCUAAGAAGAUUAACCCUUAUUCAAAGUUUGUUGCUGGUGGUUUCGCUGGAAUAAUGUCUCAAUUGGUUGUCUAUCCGAUCGAUACCUUAAAGUUCCGAAUGCAAUGCGAGACUGUUGCCGGUGGCCUUCGUGGAAAUGCUCUUAUUGUCGCCACUGCGAAACAAAUGUAUAAACAAGGUGGAAUUCCGUUCGCAUACAGAGGUUUGACAAUGGGGUUGGUUGGCAUGUUCCCCUAUUCCGCUAUUGACCUUGCUACGUUUGAAACUUUGAAGGGAUACAUGGCACGUCGAACUAUGAAGCGCUUUGGAUGUAGUGAAGCCGAAGCCAUGCCAGGGCCAUUUGUUACAGGCGCCAUUGGCGCAUUUUCGGGAGCAUUCGGCGCAAGCAUUGUCUACCCAAUCAAUCUCCUCCGUACUCGAUUACAAGCUCAAGGCACAGUCCUACACCCUCCAACUUAUACUGGCAUUAUGGAUGUUGCACAGAAAACUCUUAAAAAUGAAGGAUUUCGUGGUUUGUACAAGGGUCUUGCGCCAAAUUUAUUCAAGGUCGUACCUGCUGUCAGUAUCACAUACGUCGUCUACGAACAAGCCAAAAAGACUAUGGCCUUAAAUUAAAAGAACUCGACUUACUCGGCCUACUCGACACCCUAAUUUAUGUUUCUGUGUCGAAUUUUGAGUUUCACAUAUUACAUCCCGCAGGAUUCAGUUGAAGGGGUUCUAGCAAGGGAUCGGUUCCACAGUAACAAUAUCCUGUUAUCUAAAAAUGACCGAAAGCAAUAAUCGAUUAUAUCAUCCAGGCUCAGGUCUGUACCAAAAUAACAACAAGUUAAAAUCCGCAAAUCGUUUUUAUGUUUCGGUUUUUGUGUCCUACACACCAGUACCCUAACGGCCUUUCCACCUUCCACCAUUUGAUACCACUGUUGUCGGGCAGCAUCUUUAGAAACAUACCACUUUUUUUUCCUUUAUCAGCGUUAAGAGAACAGAUCUGCAUGAAACUGGCGUUUACAUUUACAUUUUUCUCAUUUGUCACCCACAACUCGGCGUUUUAGGGAAUGGAGAUAUGGAGAUAUACCUAUGGAUGGUAGGGUAAAUGAUAUGUUUGCAUACAUUGCAAACUAGAUGUGGUAUACUAGUUCUGCAUGCGCAUGGAGGUGGACGGAGAGAAAGGGGCAAGGGGGAUAUUAGAACAGAGUCCUAGAUUUGUGCAUAUUGAGUUAGAGUGUUGCACCACGGUAAUGGUACACAACUCAAUACAUUACAGAUGUAUGUAGUCAUUUGUGGAGAAAUUGAGACUGGAGAAUCUUAUGCA